AAUUUAUGAAGAAAUAGUUUGUUUUUAGGUGGAUAUUUUGUUUAUGUUGUUAUGUUUUUGAUAAGAGUGAUAAGAGGUCAUAGGAUAACAGUCUUGGAAUUUCGUAACCUUCCUGCUGUCAAUUUUACUUGUAUUUUGUUUUCUUAUGUUCGCGGGAUGUGUUUUUGUCGUUUUUUUAAUGUUUUAUAGUUGAUUUUUAUAGUUGAUAAUUUAGUAUUUGUGUGUUUGUCGUCCGUGAUGGAGCCUGAGAGCGGUGGGAGCGUUGAGAAGAAAAAUUCCAAGGCGAAGCUACUCCCCUGCCCAGAAUGCGAUUUCAAGAGCAAGAGCAAGUGGUCGCUGACAGCGCACAUCCGCACGCACACGGGUGAGAGGCCAUUUGCGUGCACGCUCUGCAGUUACAGGUGCACGCUGAAGAGCCACUUGAAGAAGCACAUGAUGAGCCAUACAGGCGAGAAGCCAUACAGCUGCGACUUGUGUGACUACCGUUGCUCGAGCCAGGGCGACCUGAGAAGGCACAGCGUCAUCCACACUGGCGAGAAGCAGAUCUCAUGUAGCCUUUGCGAUUACAGGUGUUCGCAGCAGAGCCACCUCAAGCGUCACAUGAUGGUCCACAUGGGCGAGAAGCCAUUCGAGUGCACACACUGUGACUACAAGUGUUCGCAGCACUACAACCUCAAAGUCCACCUGCUCACGCACACGGGCGAGAAGCCAUACUCUUGCGGCCUCUGCGACUACAGGUGCUCGCAGCAGAGCUCGCUCAGGAUGCACAUGAUCGUACACACAGGGGAGAAACCAUACGCUUGUGACCUGUGCGACUACAAGUGCCCGAGGCAGAGCGACCUAAGAAAGCACAUGAUGACGCACACAGGUGAAAAGCCAUAUUCGUGCUCGUUCUGCCCGUACAGGUGCAGCGUACCAAGCAGGCUCAAAAGGCACAUGAAAAGCUGCACAAAGAAGACAAACCUUAAAAGGCCAUGGCGAUGUAGAUGUAGAUUUGAAGGGCGUCGGAUGGAUGUAGAAGGGAUCGCCAUGGAGCCACACUGCAGCGCCGAGACGCCGUCUAAGCCGUUGUCGUGCGAGGAGAGCGGCGGUUCAGAUGCGGAGCCCAGACCAACCGACGUCCACAAGCCUAAUGGCAUGCUCGCAUAUGAGUGCAGCCUGUGCGACUACAAAUGCAGCCAGAAGACGACUUUCAAAUCACACAUGUUAUCGCACAUAGGCGGUAAGCCGUUUACAUGUGGCCUCUGCGACUUUCGCUGUGCCCAACAGAACAGCCUACGUUCGCAUAUGACAGUUCAUUCGGGCGAGAAGCCGUACACGUGCCGGCUUUGUGAUUACAGAUCGACAUACCAGAACGACCUGAAAAGGCACAUGAUGACUCACACCGGCGAGAAGCCGUAUGCUUGCGGAUUCUGCGACUACCGAUGUUCCCACCCCGGAUAUUUAAAGACACAUGUCAUGAUGCACACGGGUGAGAAGCCGUUCUCCUGCACGCUCUGUGAAUACAAGACAACACGCCAGGGACUUUUGAAAAAUCACAUGAUGAGCCAUACGGGGGAAAGGCCAUACUCGUGCUCGUACUGUGAAUACAGAAGCUCGCAUAAAAGCUACCUCAAGACGCACAUGAUGAUACAUACAGGGGAGAAACCGCAUUGUUGCAGCCUCUGCGGAUACAGCACAACACGACCAGCGGAUCUUAGAAGCCACAUGAUGAACCACACGGGCGAGAAACCAUUCGCGUGCACUUUCUGCGAUUAUAAAUGCAACAACCAGAGCUACCUCAAGUCUCAUAUGAUGUCGCAUACAGGGGAGAAGCCGUACGCGUGCACCCUGUGCGAUUAUAGGUGCACCCGCCUUGGACAUUUAAGGGGACACAUGACAAACCAUACGGGUGAGAAACCAUUCGCGUGUACGUACUGCGAUUACAGGUGCGCGCAGCAGAGCUACCUCAAAACACACCUGAUGACGCAUACAGGGGAGAAGCCGUACUCAUGCAGCUUCUGCGAGUAUAGGUCGGCGAGGCAGGACGACCUGAGGCGGCACAUGAUGACGCACACGGGCGAGAAGCCGUACGCGUGCACAGUCUGCGACUACACCUGCUACCACAAGUCUCACCUCAAGCGUCACAUGUUCACACACACUCGUGAAAAACCUUUUUCGUGUACGUCGUGCAGUUAUAGGUGCUCGCGCAAGUCCCAGCUCACGAGGCACAUGUCGACGCACAAUAUUGUACUUUGCGAAUGAAUUUUUACUUUUU